AUGGAUCUCGCUACCACUGACACAACACUUCUGCUGCUAAACAAUGACACUAACCAGACGUUCGUGAGUUACGGCGGCCACAGGGACCUCUACCUAACGAUCAUCAUCGUGCUCAUGUACACCCUCAUCAUCGUCCUGGCUGUGGGCGGCAACAUUGCCGUCUGCUGUAUCAUCGUGUCGCACCGCGGCAUGUGGACCGUCACAAACGUCUUCCUGCUCACACUGGCGCUCAGCGACAUCAUCAAGAGUCUCAUCUGUAACCCGUUCACCUUCGUCGCCGACUUCAUACUCAGAUACUGGCCUUUUGGCCUCUUCAUGUGCCCCGCUGUGACGUACAUCCAGAUUGUCGCCGUCUAUCUCAGCUCCUUCACCUUAGUCGCCAUGUGCUGCGAUCGCUUCGUCGCCAUCUUGUUUCCCCUCAGACCCAAGCUGUCGAGGAGGCAGCUGUUCGUGGUGAUAGCUGUGAUCCUCUUCUGUUCGUGCGCUCUACCUCUGCCCACGGCGAUCACCUCCACCGUGAUAUACCCACGGCCGAACGACCCCACAGACCCCAGUGCCAAUGGACUGUGUCAGGAGAUAUGGGGCAGCGACAACCAGAAGUACAUCUACACUCUUGUCAUCAUGAUCACGCAGUAUUUCUUGCCCUUCGUCGCCAUUGCCGUGACGAAUGUCUGUAUGGGGUAUGUGGUGUGGAUAAAGACGAUGCCCGGGGAGGCGGAGAUCGCAAGGGAUAAACGGGUUCUGACGUCUAAAAAGAGGAUGGUGAAGAUGAUUAUCGUUGUGGUCGUAAUCUACGCCGUCUGCUGGCUACCUCUUCACGCCAUUACGUUAGCAGGCGACAGGGACCCCAAUAUAUACAACCUCCCCCACAUGAACGUCAUAUGGGUCUGCACCCACUGGUUCGCCAUGAGUCACUCCUGCUACAACCCCUUCGUCUAUUUCUGGAUGAACCCGAAAUUCAGAAACGGUUUCAAGAAGGUCUUGCGCUUUUUCAAGUUUUCCAAGUCGAAAAAGAAUUCCACGUUUAGUUUCAGAACUGAUAAGUUUGAGAAGGACAUGACCCCGACCAGCUCGUUCAGGUCUAAAAACUACCAGAGCUGUCCUCGCAAUGGCAAUCCAUUAAUCACACCGGAAUUACUCGUACCGCCGCGAGAGUCAUUCUGAGAUGACGAAGACUAAAAUACCAUCUAAUGCAACAAUUCGUCAAAAAAAAAAAAAAAAACGCCAGAAGGUCUAGCGGGGUUUUUUUUUCUUUUUUUCUUUUACCAAAUCAGAGAAGAAUACAAAGUUCGGGUUCAGAAUUGACAAGUUUCAAAACUUCGCGCUUAGUAGCUUAAGUCUGGGUUGCAAAACAAACCAGGGUCGUUAUUGCAAAAGGUAAUCCAUUAAUCAUGAUGGAAUUGCUGGUGUCACUACGGGAGAUCUUCCGGGACAUGCGGAGAAACUGUAAUCUAAAUAUAAGUGGUUUUUAAUUAUGUGACAUCCUUAAGUCCCAUUGAAGUUUUUGAUCAUUUUUUCUGGAGGUUAAUUACUGUUUUCGUGGAAGCUCUUUAAAAAAAACUAUUAAAAAAUAACAACAACAGAACUUUAAGAUGAAAAGAGAUUCCACAUUUUGCUUGUCACGAUGUUUUUUCUCUGUGUGUUAUUAUUGAUAAUUACUUUCUAAUAAAAAUAUUUUGCUGAGAA